CCUCGCCGCUGGGCGCCCCGCUCCCUCCGUCCGGGGUGAGUCGGGCUGCGGGCCGGUGCCUCCGGGAGCGCCGGCCGCGCUCCCUCCCCCGCCCCCCGGGCUGUCGAGCGGUUCCUGCCCGGGGUUGAGGCGCUGUCGCCGCCGCCGCCGCCAUGGCGCCGGUGCAGCUGGAGAGCAACCAGCUGGUGCCGGCCGGCGGGGGCCCCGCGUCAGCCCCGGCCCCGCCAGCCCCCGGGGCUGUGACAGCCGCCGCCAGUCCCGGCUAUCGGCUCAGCACCCUCAUCGACUUCCUGCUGCACCGGACCUACGCCGAGCUCACCGUCCUGGCUGACCUGUUACCAAGAAAGACUGACAUGGAGAGAAAAAUAGAAAUAGUGCAGUUUGCAAGUCGCACUCGUCAGCUGUUUGUUCGUUUGUUAGCCUUGGUCAAAUGGGCUAAUAAUGCUGGAAAGGUGGAAAAAUGUGCGAUGAUAUCAAGUUUUUUAGAUCAGCAAGCUAUUCUGUUUGUGGACACUGCUGAUCGUCUGGCAUCGCUAGCUAGAGAUGCUUUGGUUCAUGCUCGUCUACCUAGUUUUGCUAUCCCAUAUGCUAUUGAUGUUCUGACGACUGGAUCAUACCCACGUCUGCCUACCUGCAUUAGGGAUAAAAUAAUCCCUCCUGACCCAAUAACAAAGAGUGAGAAACAAACCACACUUCAUCAGCUAAACCAGAUACUUCGGCAUCGACUAGUGACUACAGAUCUCCCUCCGCAGCUGGCAAAUCUUACAGUUGCCAAUGGCCGUGUGAAGUUCCGAGUUGAGGGUGAGUUUGAGGCCACCUUGACAGUGAUGGGUGAUGACCCUGACAUCCCCUGGCGCCUUCUCAAACUGGAAAUCUUGGUUGAAGACAAGGAAACUGGUGAUGGUCGAGCCUUGGUUCACAGCAUGCAGAUCAACUUCAUCCAUCAGCUGGUCCAGUCAAGGCUGUUUGCUGAUGAAAAGCCACUUCAGGACAUGUACAACUGUCUGCACUCCUUCUGCUUAGCACUUCAGUUGGAAGUCUUGCAUUCACAAACACUAAUGCUGAUUCGGGAGCGCUGGGGCGACCUUGUGCAAGUGGAGCGGUAUCAUGCAGGGAAAUGUCUCUCACUCUCUGUUUGGAAUCAACAGGUGCUUGGAAGGAAAACAGGGACUGCAUCUGUUCAUAAGGUCACUAUUAAGAUUGAUGAAACUGAUGUCUCAAAACCCUUACAAAUAUCUCAUGAGCCUCCACUGCCAGCCUGUGAUUCCAAACUGAUGGAAAGAGCCAUGAAGAUUGACCACCUAUCAAUAGAAAAACUCCUAAUAGACAGUGUCCAUGCAAGAUCUCAUCAAAAACUCCAGGAGCUGAAAGCCAUUCUUAAGAGCUACAAUAUUAAUGACAACUCGUUCAUUGAGACGGCUCUUCCAACUCUUGUAAUUCCGAUUUUGGAACCUUGUGGUCGAUCAGAGUGCCUGCAUGUGUUUGUUGAUCUCCACUCUGGAAUGUUUCAACUAAUGCUGUAUGGUGUUGAUCAACUGACACUUGAUGACAUAGAGAAGUCUGUUAAUGAUGAUAUGAAACGUAUCAUUCCUUGUCUCCAGCAGCUCAAGUUCUGGCUUGGACAGCAACGUUGCAAACAGUCUAUAAAGCAUCUGCCUACAGUGAGCAAUGAAACUCUUCAACUAGCUAAUUAUGCUAGCCAUCCAGUGGGAAACCUUUCCAAACACAAAUUGUUUAUCAAACUCACUCGCCUUCCACAGUACUACAUUGUUGUAGAGAUGUUUGAUGUUCCUGGCAACCCCACAGAACUAGAGUAUAAGUACUAUUUUCUCUCUGUGAGCUAUGCUGAAGGAGAUGACAGUCCUGCUACUGCACUUCUACUACAGCAGUUCAAGCCAAACAUUGAAGAGCUGGUAUUAGACACAAAAAGUGGGAAACAAAUGAAAAGUGGUGUCAAGCGCAAGCUAUCUGGUGAUCCAUGUUCCAUAGAACCUAAGAAACCAAAACGGUCGGGAGAAAUGUGUGCCUUCAAUAAAGUGCUAGCUCAUAUUGUAGCCAUGUGUGAUACAAAUAUGCCAUUUAUAGGGCUACGUAUGGAGUUAUCUAAUAUGGACAUUCCUCACCAGGGAGUGCAAGUAGAAGGAGAUGGCUUCAGCCAUGCAAUACGUUUACUAAAAAUUCCUCCCUGUAAAGGUGUAAACGAGGAAACACAGAAGGCUCUCGACCGAUCUCUUCUUGAUUGCACUUUCCGAUUACAAGGUAGAAAUAAUCGCACAUGGGUGGCUGAGCUGGUGUUUGCAAACUGUCCACUUAAUAGCACUUCAUCUCGGGAGCAAGGACCAACUCGUCAUGUUUACCUGACGUAUGAAAACCAGUUGUCUGAACCAGUUGGAGGUCGCAAAGUUGUUGAGACAUUCCUUAAUGACUGGAACAGUAUCGCUCGGCUGUAUGAAUGUGUCCUGGAGUUUGCACGGUCCCUCCCAGACAUACCCAACCACUUAAACCUGUUUUCAGAAGUUCGUAUCUACAAUUACCGAAAACUUAUCCUUUGUUAUGGAACUACCAAGGGGAGCUCAAUCAGCAUUCAGUGGAAUUUCAUACUCCAGAAAUUCCACAUUUCACUGGGAACUGUUGGCCCAAACUCAGGUUGCAGUAACUGUCACAACACGAUUCUGCACCAGCUCCAGGAGAUGUUUAAUAAAACACCAAAUGUGAUGCAGUUGUUACAGGUUUUGUUUGACACUCAGGCUCCAUUAAAUGCCAUCAACAAACUUCCAACUGUGCCCAUGCUGGGUUUGACUCAGCGCACCAACACUGCCUAUCAGUGUUUCUCCAUUCUGCCACAGUCACCCACGCAUAUCAGGCUGGCGUUUAGGAAUAUGUACUGCAUCGACAUCUACUGCCGGAGCCGUGGUGUUGUGGCGAUACGUGAUGGGGCAUACAGUCUCUUUGACAACAGCAAAAUAGUUGAAGGAUUUUACCCUGCGCCUGGGUUAAAGACAUUCCUGAACAUGUUUGUUGACAGCAAUCAGGAUGCACGAAGACGAUCUGUAAAUGAAGAUGAUAACCCGCCUUCUCCUAUUGGAGGAGACAUGAUGGAUUCUUUGAUAUCGCAGCUUCAACCCCAGCAGCCACUGCAGCAACCACAACAACAGCCAUUUGCAAAACAGGCAGGAGCAUCAGGAGCAUACCCUCUUACUUCACCUCCCACCUCCUAUCACAACACAGUAACACCAUCUCCAUCUAUGAUGCACACACAGUCACCAGGAAACUUGCAUGCUGCAAGCUCACCUAGUGGAGCUUUAAGAGCACCAUCACCAGCAUCCUUUGGUCCAACUCCUUCACCUUCCUCUCUUGGAAUCACAAUGGGACAGACAGCUAACUUUGCCAGCCCACAUGGUACGAUAGACCCAAGCUCACCAUACACUAUGAUGUCGCCCAGUCAGCGUGCAGGGAACUGGCCAGGAUCUCCUCAGGUCUCUGGUCCAUCACCAGCAGCACGGAUGCCUGGAAUGUCACCAGCCAACCCUUCCCUUCAUUCGCCUGUCCCAGAUGCCUCUCAUUCCCCACGAGCUGGAACAAGUUCCCAAGCUAUUCCAACCAGCAUGCCUCCACCUCGUAAACUACCUCAGCGCUCUUGGGCUGCAUCCAUACCUACAAUCCUCACCCACAGUGCCUUGAAUAUUCUGCUAUUGCCCUCUCCUACCCCUGGGCUUGUACCGGGACUAGCUGGCAGCUAUCUUUGCUCCCCUCUUGAGCGAUUCCUUGGAUCAGUUAUUAUGAGGAGGCAUCUUCAGAGGAUCAUACAACAGGAAACGCUACAGUUAAUAAACUCCAAUGAACCAGGUGUAAUUAUGUUUAAGACAGAGGCACUGAAGUGCAGGGUUGCUCUCAAUCCCAAAACCAAUCAGACCUUGCAACUGAAAGUAACACCUGAAAACACAGGACAGUGGAAAUCUGAGGAGUUACAAGUAUUGGAGAAGUUCUUUGAAACAAGGGUUGCAGGACCACCUUUUAAAGCAAACACCCUAAUAGCCUUCACAAAAUUACUAGGGGCUCCAACGCAUAUCCUCAGGGACUGCGUACACAUAAUGAAACUUGAGCUGUUUCCUGACCAGGCAAGUCAGCUGAAAUGGAAUGUGCAGUUUUGUUUAACAAUUCCUCCCAGUGCACCACCAAUUGCUCCUCCAGGAACACCUGCUGUUGUGCUGAAAUCCAAAAUGUUGUUUUUUCUACAGCUAACACAGAAAACAACAGUCCCACAGGAAGCUGUUAGUAUUAUUGUCCCAAUUAUUUAUGAUAUGGCUUCGGGUACAACGCAACAGGCUGACAUUCCCAGGCAGCAGAACUCUUCUGUUGCUGCUCCAAUGAUGGUUAGCAAUAUUCUAAAGAGGUUUGCUGAACUGAAUUCGCCACGAGCAGGUGAAUGCACAAUAUUUGCGGCCGUUCGUGAUUUGAUGGUUAAUCUUACGCUGCCCCCUGGUGGGCGUCCGUAGACACUUUUAAAAGAAGGCUGAGAGACAAAACCGCAAAAAAUAAUAAAAAAUAAAAAAUAAAGCCUUCAGUUAAAA